AUGAGUGGAUUUCAGUUCCCGCCACCGCCGCCACCUCCUCCCAAACCCGCCGCUCCUUCCACCAACGUCAACACCAAUUUUCAUGGGAGUGAAGGCCGUGGACGGGGGCGAGGUAGAGGUCGGGGACGUGGUGGUCAGAGUCGCGGUAGUGGUGGCGGUCCUGUGCAACAGCGAGACCAGAGUCAACGGCACGGUGCACAUCAGCUUAUGAACGACACCUCAUCGCAACAUGGCACUCACAGUUCUGUCCCUGGCUACGCCGCCAAGGGCAACCAGGCCGAGCAACUUUCAUCUGCCAUGGCACCAGGCUUGCCUCCUGGGUCAUACAUAAAUCCUGCGUUCCAGCAACGUUUGUAUGCUAGUUCUACUAAUGUGUACUCUGACUACUUGUCCCAUCAUGCGCAGCCUCCUGCUCAACAAGCGUCUGGCUACCCUCCACGAGAUGCUGUGGGCCACAAGCGCAAACUCGAUGCCCUUCGCGGAUCGUCGCCUCAAGAGAAAAAGUCGAAGCCUCCAACAGCUCCAAGCGUACCAAGCUUUGGCGCUGCCCUUCAGCCACCAGGAAUGAAGAGACCCGAUCCUCGAAUAACAGACUCUGUUGCCAAGCGACCAGCGAACGUACUUGGCCUCACGCCGCAGGAAGGUCAGUUACAGUACUCUUCGGAUAGUGAGGUCGAGGAGGACGGCAUUGACGAAGAAGCCAUGUUUGCCGAGCUUGGCUCAAAUCUGACGUUUGAGCACAAUGGAACAGUCCUGUCACUCAGAAAUGCAGCAGAUCUCUCUGCUUGGAAAGCUGAACGGGCACGGAACUUCCCUACCAAGGCUCGCAUGGCUGCAAAGCUGCAACAGAAACGCCAGCUUGGCGAAGAGCGACAGAGGCUACUCACAGAGGCGAGUGAAGUCAUACGAUCCAUCAGGGCCCAGAGACUUCAAGCACGAACUGGAUCGUCUGCUAAAGUCCACAAUGCCGAGUCAAAAGCGCCACAGGGCGAAACAUCUGUCAGUCACGACACCAGAAGUCAAAGGAAGCCCGAGAUUCUGCGCUCAAGCUCCGUGGAUAGGACCUCGACUCUUACCACGACACAGCAUAUUGACGACUCGGUCGCGCAGCAUAAAGUUUCAGCAAAUCUACUCGACGAGGCGUCGGCUACUGGUCCAGUAGGCCAAGCGGGCAAAGAGACGCUAGUGUUUCCUGACACUGGUGUUCUUGCCGCUCAGAAGACCGCAUUCGAUAAGCGCGCGAACGAGGAGGAGAAGAUCGAGGACUCGGACAAAGCGUCCGUUGUGUCGGAUGACUCGUCGAGCGUUUCCUCCGACUCUUCAUCAAGCGAAGACACUGACAAUGACGGACCGCCCGAGGAAGCAACAUCGAAAGUGGCAACAGUAACGCGAGGUGUGGUGUGUCGAUACUUUCUUGCCAGUGGCAACUGUAGAGAUGGAAACUUGUGCAGGUAUAAGCAUGAAUUGCCUGCUGGCUACAAGCAGCGGCAAAUCAAUGCCGCGCCGCAACAACAGGAACGAGAUCCGUACAGGCCACGACUUGACGACGUGCCCACUGCUCGAAAAACAAUCCACGACCGCCUGCUCGAGCAGGAGCAGACUAAGGAGGAAGAGCUGGUACUGCAGGUGAUCAAGUAUCUGGGGAAAGUCGGCUUGUUUGCGAAGAAGCAGUGA